UGUUGUUUUUACAGAGCACUGAAGGCAGAAGAGUGUGUCUGCGUGUGUCACUCAAUCCAACCACACCGUUCAAAACUCCUCUCACUGCAGAAGCCCGCUUGCACUCCACUCCAGGAUGGGUGAGGACUCCUCUCAUGCUGAGCGAAGCUCGUCCACCCUACCCAGGGAGGAAAGCAGCCCAACUCCACCAGCUCCUGCGGUGGAUGCUCAGGAUCUCCUCGUUCCGAGCUUCAGCGCCGGCUCGAAUCCCUCUUCUCCCACAAACACCCUCUCCCGCCUGAUCCCAAAAUCUCCGACCAGCCCCACGGCCCCUGGAGGCCAGGUCAGUGCCAUCACGGUGGUGGCUCUGCUCGACAAGCUGGUUGCCAUGAUUGAGUCGGUGCAGGAGAACCAGCAGAGGAUGGAAAAGAAGCAGGCAGAGCUGGAAGGAGCAGUGAGGGUGGUUCAGGGCGACGUGACCAGGCUGACCAAGAGCCACAUGUCCACAGCCAACAGCGUGGCCAAGCUGCUGGAGCGUUCACGCAAGACCGGCAUCAACGUUAAGGAGGUGCGAGAGCGUCUGGAUAGACAGAGCCACCAGGUGAAGCAUCUAGAAGCCAACCACGCCCAUCUGUUGAAGAGGAACCACUUCAAAGUGCUCAUCUUUCAGGAGGACCAUGAAAUCCCAGCUACUCUGCUCACCAAAGAGGGUUUGGCCUCUCUCUCUCAGGAUGACACAGUUCCAUCUACACCAACUCCACACACUGAUUUAAACCGCUCGCAUGAAGAGGGCCUACAGACCAUCAACCUCUCCUCUGAUGAGGACGAGGAAAAGGGAGCAUCAAGCCCCCUUGCAGAAGGUGGCACAGAGUCAAUGACGGAUCUGCACGAGGAGAGUCUCCCAGACCUGAGCAGCGGACGUCUGGAGCGUUCUCGCGUCGACAAAUUCAAGCGCUCCAGUCUGAAGAAGGUGGAUAGUCUGAAGAAAGCUUUGUCGCGUAGCAACUUCGAGAAACAAAUCAACAAGAUUGUGCCUCCAGAUCAACGUCAAAAGAUCAAGAAAAGCUUCACCCCCAACCAUCCGAAAAGCCCAACUUCCAAAAGCUCGUCUUUCAAAGUUAGCCCCAUGACGUUCAACAUCAAGAAGGAGCGAGCUGGAGAUCCUGACCUCGCUCAGGACCCUGAAAGCUCUCACAGAAAUCUCAGCCCGGUGGAGGUUCCACCCAUAGGGGGACCUGAUGGUGAGCUGCACUUUGCUGAGUUACACUCCCCGGAGAAAACAAACGGGGACGAGCAUCACACUCCAUCCACCCCAGGCAGUGCAGAUGGUGAGGCUUCUGGCGCAGAAGACGGAGGUGAUCUUGAGAAUGGUCCCUCUGUAAAGCUAGUUGAAGAAGAAGUGGAGAAAGAAAAAGAUGAUGGUGCUGUUAAUAACGUCGAAAAUGGAGAAGAGGAUAAUGAAGAGAAGGAGGAGGCGAAAGAACCAAGAUCUGUGGAGGAGGCCUCUCCAGCAUCACAUCCAGCCACUGUUGAGCAAACUUCUUAGAUUUGUUGUGUUUUUUAAUCUAUAGCCCGACUUGAGUCUAUAACUGAGACUUAGGUAAUCAGUUACUCCCUUAUUAUGUUACCAAGCUUGUUUAAUGUUAAAUAGCAUGUCUGCUGAAUUAACAUUUCGCCCAGAAUUAACGCCAAACAUAAUGUUACUAUAACCCAUUAUAUUAAAUUAAUAAAUUAUGUUCUUUUGAGAGCAAAUUCGAUUGAAAUUGAUUCGAAGGUCUAGAGAAUCAAACACUAAGACCGCUGUAACCACAAUGAUGCAGCAAAAUAACUAUUUUUCUUCUGGGAGCUGUAAAUGCCAUGAAAUUGACUGAAUUCAACACCCAAACUCUCACUCUCUGUUUUUUUUUCACCUGUGCAGACGAGAAAUUGAGUGAGUGCCAGUCUGUCCGUUGUUGCUUGUCCAGACACUCUUCUAUGUACAAACAUUUAAGUAUUUAAUCACUUACAAAAAAGUAGUGGUUCUAUCAUGAUUUAAAAAAUUCGGUACUAAAGUAACACCAUAGUUUACGGGACACUACUGUGAUAGCACCGUGGUGGUAAUUCCAUGGAAUUGUUGAAGUACUUUGGAGUAUGAUGUAAAAGCAAUUGUGUGUAUGAAGAGUACAUUGAAUAUCUAUAGAUAAAUACCAUCUCAUUCCAUUUUUGUACCCUAAAGCACACUUUUGUAAGUGAUAACAGAAAACUAGAAAAGUUACUUUUUUGGACAUAUUUAGUACUUUUAUUAAAAGAUUAAGCAUAA